GGUUUUUCCGGCACAGAGCGGCAAGCGCGCGCUUUUGCGUCAAUGUCACCAACCCGCAACAAACUCGAAGCUUCUGGAACCGAAACGUGCGAACCAGUCUCGAAACGCCUGAAAUGGAUCAAGUCGCAGCGUUGAAAGAGCGCGGCAACGCCGCCUUGGCMGAAAACCAUYUAGACGAGGCCAUCAAGUGCUACUCCGAAGCCCUAGAGCUGGACGACAAGAAUGCGGUGCUCUACUCGAACCGGUCGGCCGCCUAUGCCAAAGCGGGCCUGUACGAGCGCUCGCUGCAGGACGCGGAAAAGGCCAUCGAGCUGCGCCCCGACUGGCCGAAGGCCUACUCGCGCAAAGCCGCCGCUCUGGCCUACAUGGGGCGGCGCCACGAGGCGUCCUACGCCUACGAGAGCGGGCUGCUGCUCGACCCCGAGAACCGGCAGCUGCGCGAAGGCCUGGCCGAGGUGAAACGGGCCAACGCUAAGCUCACGGCCCCCUUCGGCGACCUGUUCACUGGCGUCGAUGUGCUGGGCAAGCUGAGGAACGACCCGCGCACCGCCCCCUUCAUGGACGACCCCACAUACCUGCAGAUGGUCAGCCAGCUGGAGACCGACCCGCUGGCGGCCAACUGGGCCGCUCAGGACCCCCGGAUGCUCGUCACCAUGUCCGUGCUGUUAGGCCUGCCCGACACCGCGUCGCAGGACGAGCCGAUGGACUCGCCCAAGCCCAGCGGGCCGCCGCCCGAGCCCCAACCGCAACCCCAGCCGGAGCCCGAGCUGCCGGAGAACGUCAAGCAGGCCAGGGCGGAGAAGGAGCUGGGCAACGCCAGCUACAAGCGCAAGGACUUUGAGGACGCCAUCCUGCACUACACCAAGGCGCUGCAGCACGAUCCGACCGACAUCACCUACUACAACAACCUGGCCGCAGUCUACUUCGAGCAGAAGGCGUUCGACGAGUGCAUCGCGCAGUGCGAGAAGGGCGUGGAGGUGGGCCGGGAGAACCGCGCAGACUUCAAGAUGAUCGCCAAGGCGCUGACGCGCAUCGGCAACGCCUACAAGAAGAAAAAAGACUAUCGGACGGCGCGCACCUACUACGAGAAGGCGAUGUCGGAGCACCGCACCCCCGAGAUCCGCACGCUGCUGUCCGGGGUGGACAAGCUGAUCCGCGAGGAGGAGACCAAGUCCUACGUCAACCCCGAGUUGGCCGAGCAGGAGAAGGAGCGAGGCAACGAGCUGUUCAAGCAGGGCGACUAUGCGACCGCCGUGAAACACUACACAGAAGCGAUCAGACGCAAUCCGCAGGACGCGAAGCUCUACAGCAACAGGGCGGCGUGCUACACGAAACUGGCCGCCUUCGACCUGGGCCUGAAGGACUGCGAGCGCUGCUUGGAGCUCGACCCGAAGUUCAUCAAGGGCUGGAUCCGCAAGGGCACGAUCCUGCAGGGCAUGCAGCAGGCCAGCAAGGCGAUCGCCGCCUACCAGAAGGCGCUGGAGAUCGACCCGAGCAACGCGGAGGCGCUGCAGGGCUACCGCUCCUGCCGCAUCGAGAACGCCAGCAUGGACGGCGACCAGGACAAGAUCCGGCAGCGCGCCAUGGGCGACCCGGAGGUGCAGGCGAUCCUGCGCGACCCCGCCAUGCGCAUGAUCCUCGAGCAGAUGCAGGACGACCCGCGCGCCGUCCAGGACCAUCUGAAGAAUCCCGACAUUGCCGCCAAGAUCCAGAAGCUGCUCAGCGCCGGGCUGAUCGCCAUCCGCUAGACUAGGUUUAGGUUGUCUAGCCCCCCCCCGCUGGGCGGGCGGCCACUGAAUUUUUAAGUAACUAAUCAUAGUCAUAAUCCUAAUUAAAUAAACCGUUUUUCUAG